AUGGAAUGGCUCCAACUUGUGAAUAAAAUUGAAGCCUCAGUAGUAGAGACUCUUAAUAGUAGGACUUCUAAAUUUUCUAGUAAACUUUCUGAGAUGACAUACUGGGAUGAGAAAAUGAGGGGUGGAUGGUUAUGUCUGAAGAUCCCUCCCUUUGUAGGAGUAAGCGAUUCUAAUAAAAAGGAGUUAAGGGAAGCCUGCAUAUGGAAGGUCCCAAAAAAAGGGUGGGCUAAGCUUAACUUCAAUGGGGCUUCUCGUGGGAAUUUGGGUCCUAUAGGGAUUGGAUGUUGUCUGCAUGAUGAUUAUUGUAGGGAAUUAGCUAAGGUGGAAAAACCUAUAGGGAUUGAAUCCAGUAAUAAAGCAAAGAUUUUAGUCUUAGUUGAAGGCCUCCUCUUAUGUCAAAAUAGGGGCAUUAGUAAGCUCGCCAUAGAAGGAGAUUCAGAUAUUAUUAUCAAUGGCCUUAGAAAAGGUUUUCUUCCUAACUGGAAACUUAAUGCGAUCUUGUCAAGGGCUCUAAACCUCCUGAAGGAUUUCCAGAAAACAACCUUCAAUCAUAUUUAUAGAGAAGGUAUUUCUAGGGCGGAUGAAUUAGCCAAUGCAGGGGCUGAUGGACAAUUCAUAAGUUGA